AUGAGGAGGUACGUAGUAAGUGGAGACGACGCAAUGAAGAUUUUUAGUACCAAAGAACUGGAGUACGUGUCUAAUCUACUGGUGGUGGUACCCAAAAAUGGAAGCUAUGACUUGCUUACACAUUUGUAUGGUGACAUGAACGGAAGUAACGAAGUAGUACUUGUGGACACUUGGUUUCCACAGAAUGAGAGUUUCUUGAAUGGGUACCACCUUUUUCCAGACAAACUGUACAAUCAGAACGGGCGCCAACUUAAAAUCGGUACUUUUACGUAUGAGCCGUACUGUAUUGUAGAAGAUGACAACACAACGAUUCAUGGUACUGAAACAAGUUUUAUUUUUGAGUUUGUCAAAAAACACAACUUGACGCCUGUUUUCACCAUUAUCACUGGGGAUGACUUAUGGGGCGAUAUUUACAACAACUGGACGGGUAUUGGGAUUUUGGGGAGUUUGGUACGAGAUGACGUGGACGUUGGUUAUGGUGCUAUAUACACAUGGGACGAGUACUACAAAUUUUUAGACUAUAGUAAACCUUUGACUAGAACAGGAGUCACAGCUUUAGUACCAGCACCUCAAAUUGCCGCUGGUUGGCUAACUCCGCUCUAUUCUUUCUCUGACGAGAUGUGGAUGGCCGUACUUGUUGUGUUUUUAGCAGAUACACUCGUUCUCAGUAUUUUAUUGUACAGAAACCACAACAAGUACUACAUCACAGACUCUUUAACGGUGAUGGUGAAACUCUACUUGCUCCAGUCACUCACGACUUCGCCAAAAGGGCGCCUGAUGAAGUACUUCAUAGCCCUAAACAUGCUAAACGUUCUACUUCUGUCGAGUUCCUACAGCAGCGGUUUAUCCAGCGUGAUGACAGUACCAAGGUACAAAAAAGCAAUCAAAACAGUAAAGGACUUAGCGUCCAGUGGUCUACCUUGGGGAGCUCCGACAGAUGCCUGGCUCAUCUCGCUACGUGAAGUUAACGAGGAGGACUACAAAGUGAUAAAGAGUCAGUUUGUCGUUAAAACUGAAGAUGAUUUGGUUGCAGCGUCGAAACUUCACAAUUUUGGGUUCUCUCUAGAGCGGCUACCGUAUGGUCACUAUGCUGUAGGGCCAUACGUCAAACGUGACGUCAUUUCCGACUACCGGAUCAUGCAACAGGAUAUUUAUUGGGAGCAGUGUAUUUUCGUGAUCCGGAAAAAUUCAGUGCUUUUACCAUUGCUUGACGACUUGAUUUUGCGGGUUUUUGAAGCAGGGUUGGAAGCGUAUUGGGAAAACGAGGUGGUAGCCCAGUACAUGGAUAUGUCAGUCCAAAGAGGCAUCAUGUACCAUUUCCAAGAACAAACUACCGUGAAACUAAAAUGGACGCACGUAGAGGGCGCUUUCGCCAUUUUGGUUAUCGGUCACGCCGCCUCAGCUCUGGUUUUCCUGCUGGAGAUUCUAGGCAGAUCUCAAAUACGGACUCGGGUUUAA